AUGCUCCUCCCGCGAGCCGGCACAGGCCACGGCGUGAUCCCCCCGGGCCACGCGAACAACGUCGCGGACCCCGUCGUGCAGCUGCCCGUUCCCACGGGGCACCUCCUCGUGCACCGUCGCCAGCAGGGCAACCCCGUCCUGAAGCACAUCAAGGCGGUCAAGUGGCAGUUCUGCGACGGGAUCGUGCCGGAUUUCGUUGCCGGGCGCUCGACGUGCGCGCUCUUCCUCUCGCUGCGCUUCCACAUGCUCCAUCCGGAGUACAUUAAUUUGAGGAUCCGAGAGUUGAUGAAACUCUUCCGGCUCCGAGUGAUUUUGUGCCACAUGGACUCCGAGGACCCGGGGCGCGUGCUGAACGACAUCACCAAGGCCGCGGUCGUCCAGGGCUGCACGCUCGUCUGCGCGUGGUCGCCGCAGGAGUGUGCACGGUACCUGGAGACGCUCAGGGCGUACGAGCUCAAGCCCGCGGACGCGAUUCUCGAGCGGCUGGAUCGGGACUACCUGUCGAGCCUGGCGUCCGCCCUCACGUCGGUCCGCACCGUCAACAAGCGCGACGCCGUCUGUCUCGGGCGCGGGCUCGGGACCGUGGCGCAAGUGUUCCAGGCCUCGGAGAAGGACCUGGCUGGCGUGCCAGGCAUCGGGCCCGCGAAGGUCAAGCGGCUCCUCGACGCCUUCCAGCAGCCGUUCCGGCGCCCGCCCGGCACCGACACGAGCGUUCCGCAGUCGCAGCCACCUCCGGCACCAGCAGCGGAGCCCGAGCCCGGGCCGGGCGCGGGCCGCGCCCCCGACGCCGGGGCGGGCAGCCCCUCGAUUGAUAGCUCGGGGACGUCAUCGGAGGAGGAGGGCGACGGGGAGCCGGGCGCGGCGGGCGGUGCUGGCGAGGAGGGCGUGGGCGGGGCGGAGGUGGUGGGAGGGGUGGGCGCCGGGGGCGGCGACGUGGACUGGAUGUAUUUGGCGCGGACGCAGGAGGAUCCAGCGGGCAACUACGGCGACGGCGAGGACGAUUAG